AUGAGUGACAGUGAAGGCGGAGAAUAUAGCCCUUUGACAUCUCGUUGGGCUGAUGAGACCACGCCUCUGCUCAAUACGGCCCAGCUACCGGAGCACGACGAGCACGUGGUUACGCAACAACUCCACGCCGAGCCUGAUGACUUCCCUGAAGCUGGAUUCCACGCGUGGAGCGUCGUUUUCGGUAGCUGGUGUGCCAUGGUCGCAGCGUUUGGCAUGCUAAACUCCAUGGGAGUCAUUCAUGCCUGGCUGUCGUCCCAUCAGCUUUCAAAUCAUUCAUAUGCCGAUAUCGGCUGGAUCUUCAGCACCUUUACUUUCCUGGUGUAUUUCGGAAGCGUCCAGAUUGGCCCCGUAUUCGAUACAUAUGGUUUGAAAUACACUUUGAUACCCGGCUGUGUGGGUCUUGUCGUCUCCGUCUUUCUAUUCAGCAUCUGCCAAGAGUACUGGCAAUACAUGCUAGAUUGGGGCAUCCUUGGGGGCAUGUCCUGCUGCCUCAUCUUCACACCGGCCAUCGUCAGCAUCGGCCACUGGUUCAUGAAGCGGCGGGCGCUAGCGACCAGCCUUGCCCUGACAGCCGGCGGCAUCGGCGGCAUCGUCUUUCCGCUCAUCAUCCUGCGUCUCGAAAGCAAGAUCGGCUUCAGCCGCUCUCUCCAAGUAAUCGGCAUCGUGUGCACCCUGCUCUGCGCCCUGGCCGUCGCCACCAUCCGCACGCGGCUACCGCUCAAUACCAAAUCCGGCGCCUCGAUCGACAUCCUCGCGCUGCUGCGCGAGCCCGUCUACGCGGCCACAACGGCCGCCAUCUUCUUCCUCGAGCUCGCCCUCUUCAUCCCCGUCACGUACGUGCCGUCGUACGCGCUGCACGCGGGCUUCGCGGCCGACCGCGCCUACGGCUUCCUCAUCACCCUCAACGCCGCGUCCAUCCUCGGCCGCGCGCUGUCGGGCGCGCUCGCCGACGCGUGGGGCCGCUUCCGCGUCAUGCUGCUCACCGCCGCCGCGUGCACCUUCGUCACGCUGCUGUGGCUCGUCGCCGGCCGCAGCGCCGCCCUCCUCGCGGCCUUCGCCGCGGCGUUUGGCUUCGCGUCCGGCAGCAUCGUGGGCGUCACGCCCGUGUGCGUCGCCCAGAUCUGCCGCACCGAAGACUACGGGAAGAGGUAUGGGACUACGUAUUUUGUCGUCAGUUUCGGCACGCUCGUGGGGAUUCCGAUCGCGGGCGCGAUUCUGGAGACGGGCGCGGGCACGCCGAAUUAUCCUGGGUUGAUUGUGUUUAGCGCGGCGGUGUUUGGGGCUGGGUUCGUGUGUUUCGUGGUGGCGUAUGGCGCGGCGGUGGGGUGGGAUUUUAGGGUCAAGUUUUGA